AUGGUUCGGCUGUCAAAGUCGAUUCUUGCUGCUCUUACACCCGAAGCUUCUCUUGUCCUUGAAUCGUCUGAGCCUUGCACAUUCGAAGCUGCUGAGCCUUGUCCUGCCCUUGAAGCCACCGAGCCGUCUCUGGUGCUCGCGGAACCCCCCGAAACGACCCUUGAUUCUUCUGAGGAGGCUCCCUGGGCUCCAUCCUCCCUGACCCUGAUAGAGUGCCAGUCCGUCUCGUCGGGCGCCUCGCGCACGCCGACGUCAGACUCGGCGAUCUCGUUCAGCGACAAGGAUGAUGAGGAGACCCGAGAGCUGUCCACCCCUCCACCCUUGAUGACUGAGACUGAGGACUCGGACUACUCAGAACCCCCCGAGCCCGUCGUACCGUUCUCCGAACACUCCGUUCAUGACACCGACGAAGCCGACACAGCCGCCAUCCACGACGACAUGACGCCGUCAAUGUCCCUCUCGCACUGGUCGCCGCGCGCGUCCUUCUUCCUCCCCGACGAGGCAAGCGACAGCUACUUCUCCCACAUGCGCAAGCUCUCCAUCCCACGCCCGUUCUUCUCCCGCCCCACCUCGGGUAUGACGCCUCUCGCCCGCAGCCCCUUCUCGCACAAGCGGCAGUUCUUGUCGCCCACGGCGGGGUUGUUCGGCCUCCACGAGCCGCGGCGUCUCGACAUCGGCCUCCGCGGCGCGCUGCUCGGCUUCGCCGCGCUGCAAAAGCAGGGCCGGCUCGAGCGGCGGCCGUCGCAAGUGCUGCUGAGGCUCGAGAACGACCGGGGCAUGGUCAUCGUGCCCGGGGGCAGCCGGCGGAACAGUGAGACUCGGGGGAUUGGCGGGGCCGGGUUCUUGGGACUGGGCAACGCGUACGCGUUUUAA